UGAGCGCAAUAAGACAGAGUCAAAGAGGAGCUCCGACUCAACUGGUCGGCCACAGCUGUUGUCCGUUUUGACAUUUCCCAGAAAGAAAAAAGGGCCUUCCACAAGGGGACAGACCAAAAAAGAAGAGAAAAAAAAGGCUGGUGAAAACUCCUGGACGUUUGCGGGGGGGAAAAAAGAAAAGAAGAUGGCAAAAGUGAACGUGAGCGCGGUGGCCCUGGGGCUCACGCUGCUCCUGCUGGCCGAGACGUGGGCCCAGAAUCCGCGGAAGAGGCUGGCUCCGAAGCCUCCCAAGGCGCAGUGCUGCAACGACGUGCGCUCCCUCAAGGUGCAGGUGGCCAACCUCACCAGCCUGCUGGGGGAGAUGAGCCGCAAGCAGGAGACGGACCUGAUGAGCGUCGUGAGGCAAAUCAUGGACCUGGACAAGCAGAACCGGCAGCAGGAGUCCCGGGUGACGGAGGCGGAGAGCAAGUACUCGGAGAUCAACAACCGCGUGGAGAUCAUGCAGCUGCAGACCGUGCAGUCGGCCACCCAGACCUCAUCGGACGCCAUAUACGACUGCGCAUCCCUGUACAACAAGAACUACAAAAUCUCUGGCGAGUACAAACUGCCUAAAGACGAGUUUCUGGGCACGCCCGAGAUGAGCGUCUUCUGCGACAUGGAGACAAAAGGAGGCGGUUGGACUCUGAUCCAACGGCGCAAAAUCGGCCUCACGUCGUUCAACCGGGACUGGAAGCAGUACAAGAACGGAUUCGGAUCCAUCCGCGGGGACUUCUGGCUCGGCAACGACCACAUCUUCCGUCUGACGAGGCAGCCCAGCUCGCUCCGGAUCGAGAUGGAGGACUGGCAGGGGCAGAAGCGCUACGCCGAGUACGGCUUCUUCGCCGUGGGCAACGAGCUGAACAGCUACAAGCUCUUCCUCGCCAACUUCAGCGGCAACGCCGGGGACUCGCUGCGCUACCACAACAACACCAACUUCAGCACCGUCAACAAGGACAACGACAAGUGCGUGGACGACUGCGCGUCCCUGCGCAAAGGUGGUUACUGGUACAACUGCUGCACCGACUCGAACUUGAACGGCGCCUUCCACCGCUACGGCCAGCACAUAACGAAGAACCCGGAUGGGAUCACUUGGUACGGCUGGCACGGGUCCAACUACUCCCUCAAGAAGGUGGAGAUGAAGGUCCGGCCCGUGGAUUUUCAACUGUAAACGAUUCGGGCCGGUGGUGGCCAGACGACCCCGACCCCCCCCCUCCCCCCCGAGAUGACACGCGUGAAUGCCGAGCGAUCUCGCCGAGCGAUCUCGCCGAUAAGUUCGACCAAAAUCGUGCGAAAAAAGUAAAUGAAAAUGUAGGUUUUUUUGCGACGUUUCUGGUCACGUUUUCGUCCGAUUUGAGCGUGUCACGUCUGUCGCCGUGUUCGAUUGUAAAUUGUAGUUCAUCUUUUGUGUAUUUAUCAGUACGAAUAUUGUAUUUUUCGCCACAAAAAAAAAUGCUUUCAUAGAUGCUUUUUUACCACUGUCCCGUCGAGGGUGACUGGAUUUUUGAUUCCUUCUCUCGUUUGUCUUGAAAGCACUAGGAUGUAUUUUUUUAGUUAACACAAGUAACACAUGUACAGGAGCGUCGCAAGAAUCCGUCCAGAGUAGUCUGGUUCAGGUAGAACUCACUAAGGACGGGUCGGAACCGAGAACAAAAUGGAUCUUUGUGAGUUGCUGGAAGGGGAUCAACCACCGAAAAAGGCGCUUCCUAUGAAUUACGCUGCCUUUUAUUGUAAAACCCUAACCAUUGAUGAUGGAAAUGUGUCAUUUGUAAAAUGUGUACAGCUCUGUAAUUAUGUCGUUUUAUGUGAUAGAAAAUAAACAUAUUUUUUAAACGAAA